AAGGACUCUACACCACAGAAGUGAUGUCCUCGAGACGGUGGUGCUUGUUAACCCUUCCGUAGAAACUGUCGUAGCAGAGAUCCAGUGUCUCAUCACAGACUCAGCGGGCCACAAGCUUGUGAUCUUGAGUGGUCCAAGCUCGGAACACGGUGGCCUCCUUCUUCAAAGAGGGGUUUUCACCCACGACACCUUUGCGAGUAUAUUUUCUGAUCCUGGGGUCAUUGAACUUCUUGGCCCAUCCAUCCCCAAGCAGCAGGCUACACUUACCGUGUCCUGCCGCGGGGAGGUGGGCUGGAACUCCGUGGGACAGCAGCAGAGCCUUCGGGAGUUCCUGCACUACAAACUAAACCCUGAUCCUGUGAUCCUCAACAUGGAAGGGGUCACCGAGUUCAGCGAGUACAUCUGUGCCACGGUUGACGUGCCCUCCCCCUUUGAGCUCCUGGAACCGCCGACAACCGGAGGAUUCCUGAAACUGUCCAAGCCAUGUUGCUACAUCUUUCCCGGUGGACGUGGCGACUCGGCUCUCUUCGCUGUCAAUGGCUUCAACAUCUUAGUAGACGGCGGCUCUGAACGCAAAUCCUGCUUCUGGAAACUAGUCCGGCACCUGGACCGUAUCGACUCCAUUCUGCUCACUCACGUCGGUGCCGACAAUCUCCCCGGGAUCAAUGGAAUCCUACAGAGGAAGAUCGCGGAGCAGGAGGAGGAAGGAUCUCAAGGCUCCACCAACGGUACCGAUUGGCUCAAGAACCUGAUCUCUCCAGAACUCGGUGUGGUCUUUUUCAACGUGCCGGAAAAGUUGCGCAUGCCAGAAUCAAAUCUUAAAGUCAAACGCAGCAUCGAAGAAGCCUCGCUGACUUUGCAGUACCUUAACAAACUGGGAAUCAAGCCCGAGCCUCUCUAUCGAGUAGUCAGCAACACCAUUGAGCCCAUUACGCUGUUCCACAAGAUGGGAGUGGGCCGCUUAGAUAUGUACGUUCUCAACCCUGUCAAGGAAAGCAAGGAGAUGCAGUUCCUCAUGCAAAAGUGGGCUGGCAACAGCAAAGCCAAAACUGGCAUUGUUUUGCCAAAUGGCAAAGAAGGAGAAAUAUCCGUGCCCUACCUGACAUCAGUCACCGCCUUAAUCGUCUGGCUUCCCGCAAACCCCGCAGAAAGGAUCGUCAGAGUCCUCUUCCCGGGAAACGCACCUCAAAACAAGAUCCUGGAAGGCCUGGAAAAAUUAAAGCACCUUGACUACUUGCGUUAUCCUGUGGCUACGCAAAAAGAUAUUGCGUCAGGAGCACCUCCCUCUGGGCUCAAGCAGACAAAGCUAAAACAAAGAACGGAGAGCAAAGAGAGCCUUAAAUCUUCCCCCAAGACAACCGCAAAGGUCAGCAAGGAAAAAACAGAAGGGCAAGAUGAUGUCGGCACAGAGACAAAGAGCGAGCCCGUCAAGGAAAUCCCGUCGGCAAAAAAGGACACAAAAAAGACGAGUAAAACGAUCAAAUCUAAACCUGACAUCCCAGAAAAGAAAAAACUUCUCAAGGAAAAAUCUUUGAGAAAGCACUCAAAAGAAAGAGUGUCAAAGAUGGAUGAGAAAAAGGACAAAGAGAAGAAAGAAAUCAAGAAGGUCAAGAAAGAUGAAUCUGCUAGACAAGACGAGAAGAGAGACGGCAAGGCCAAAGAGGACAAGAAAAAGGACCCGUCCAAACCGGAGCUGAGAAAAAUAGCAAAGCCUGACCUCAAACCACUCACGCCAGAAGUACGAAAGACUUUACACAAAGCGAAAGUGUCCAGCAAAACAAAGAUCGGAAAAACAAAACCGGCAAAGGCCGAACCAAAGCCAGAAAAACCAAAAACUCGCAAAGAAAAAGUCCAAAGUGGAGAAAGCAUUCAAGCAGAGCCAACGCAGAAUGAGAUUCCUUCCUCUGAAGGCCUCGCCGAGGACAUCCAAGUCGUCAAAGAAGUAGCUGGAGAUGUUCUGAAAGCAUCCGCUGGUGAGGACGACUUGCAGAUUGCAGCCCAAAGCCUUCCCCAAGAGAAGACAGAAGAACCAGAAAGUGUUCCGCCUACGACGGAGGCUCCUUCAAGGGAGGAAGCGCGACUACCGGAAGCUGAAGACAACCAGAAAGAGAUGGACGAGACUCAGAUGUAUGAGGAUGAGGGAGCUGCAUCUCAAGAUGAAGAUGAAGAUGCUCCUGAUACUGCUGAGGCGAGGACAGAAGAAGAGGAGGAAGAGGAGGAGGCAAAAGAGGAAGAAGAGGAGGAUAUGGGAAUUGGCGAAGAGGAAGAUGAAUUCCAGUUGAAGGACCAUCACGGGAUGGACAGCAGACAUGAAACGAAAGACAAAUCAGAAACUUUAGCAACGGUUGACACAAAAGAGGAUGAAGAUGAGCCGGUGAACAAGGCGGAACUGGAAGAAGUUGAAGAUCUAGACGUAAUAGCCGACGAAGAGCUCACGGGUGAAAGUGCGGCUAGAGAGCUGAUGGUCAGCGAGAGCAAAGCCCACACCUUGACCCGAGCUGAGAUGGAGGAAGACGAAGAGGAUGAAGAGGGCUACCUUUCACAUGUUGGUGGGACAACGGCGCCCAUAAGUGCUCCUGGAACUGGAACGGCGGCGGUAGAACCCAUCUCCUACAUCCAAGACGAGACCAUUCCGGGCAACUCCGAGACAGAACAGACCAUCUCCGACGAGGAGAUCCAUGAGGAGGCAGAGGAACGGAUCCCGCACCUUCAAUAUGACGUCGGUUCCCACGACGUCUCGGUUCCGGAUCAGACUUGGUCAUUUGUAAACAUUCACGGCAUGAGAGAGAUGCAGCCUUCGGCCGGGAAAGGUUUCAUACCUGGCGUUCAGGAGCAGCUGUCGCUCUUUACCAACAUCUUCACUGCUCCUCUGGCGGAGGAAGAACACGUAUCUUCUGCGACGUCCAUCACAGAGUAUGACAAAAUGUCCUCUCUGCCCACCUCGCUGGCUGAAGACCAGUCUGUCGCAUCCACCGUGGCUCUUGAAGAGCCGGCAAAAAGCCGAGUGGCAAGUGAGCAACUUCUCUCGUCUGGAACGCUUUCACCAUCGUCUCUCGAAGACAAGUCUCCUUCGGCUGACUUGCAGCUUCCUCUCGAAUACGCAAAGAAGGUUCCCGAUUCCCACGAUGAUGAUGACGAUGAAGAAGAAGAAGAGGAAGAUCAGACCCCCAAUGUUGAUAUCUCACUGGAGAAACUCCAAGAGGGCUACGCCUUAUCCCAAGAACCAAAGUGCAAAGAGAAGGAUGCUGAAAAGCCGUCCGGUCCUGCAUCUUUUGUCGCCAUGUCCAUCGAAGAAGACAAACCGGUCCGCUUUCCGGUAGAAGAGGAAAAUAUUGAUGCGGUGGCCGCCAAAGGUGUCUCCUCAGUUGUGCCGACCAGACCUUUUGGCUCGGACUCUGUCACCUCCGAGAGCGAGGAGCGUUGUUUCAGUCCAGAUGACAUCACUGUCAAAAUGGCCUCCCCGACCCAAUCGGGACCACCCAGCGCAUCUCAUUCUCCUCUUCGACAUUCUCCUGAUCUGGACCUCCCUAAUCUUGCCACCUCAACUGGAGACAAAAUCGGAAUGAAGAAAGAAGAAGAACAAAAAGACACCAAAAGAGAGGACAAACCAUCUGUCAAAGAACCUAGACCUGUCAUGGAGGCAGAACAAGACAUGGAAAAAAAGCCAACCCCUAACCCUAACCCUUCAACACAAGUUCAAGCACCUUUGUCAGGACCAAAAUCUCCCACCGAUGAAGAACACGAUAAAUCUGCAGAAAAAUGUUUCUUUGACGACAAUGAAAAUAACAACAAAGGCACCUUAGAUGAUGACGACAAGUCUGUAGUGAAAACAACUGUCACCAUCAAAGCUUCUGAAUUACAACAAAUGGAGGAUGAGAAUGAAUCCAAAUCUGCUCCCCUGGAAGAUGUUUGUGACGUUUCACCUAUAAAAGAUGAGAAGGUACUGAAAGAUGCCAAACUUGACACUGAUAAACCUGCAACAAAAGAAACGUUUGAUGCCAUUAUGAAAAAUGACCUUCAAGACUUGGGAGCAGAGACCACCGGUCCUUUAGCUAAGUCGCCUGAAGAAGCAACUGUUGAUGACCAUGAGCUCCAAACCAUGGAAGAAAUCAAGAAGACAGAUGAUGUUGUGGCUGAGCGUAACGAAACGAAACAGGAGGCGAGAGACGAGGACAGAUCUUCUGACAUUUUUACCACAAAAGCAGAAGAAACAGAGAUUGAGUUUGUUCACAGCACAGAGGCAAAGGAUGAUCGUUCAAUUGAAAAGCCUUUUGAGGAGGACAAGCAGGAAAGGAACAGCAAGGAUGAAACCACGGACGAUAAGAUCAUCAAAGACGAUAAAGUAGAAAGCAGAACUGUCGCAGAUGAGCAGACGAAAAAAGACGAGGCGGAUACAAUGUCGAGUGAAACCGUUUGUAUGGCGGCUGCACACAUGAGGGCCCAAGAAAAGGAACAGGAGAUCAGAUCUUCCAUACGAGAACUAUCGCUUGCAGACAAACCGGACAAAGACACAAAAAUAGCGCUAGACGCUUUUGUUAGCGACAUAUCCGUUGCCGUGGAGAUGGCAAGUGAGAAUAUCACUGAGCAGACCGCUCUGCAAGAUGACAUUUCUGUUCAUGACAAAAUGGACAACAUUACCGACAAACUGGCCAAGAAGGAAGAAGUUGUGGAUCAAAGCCUCUGUAUCAAAUCUGAGGAAGAAGAUGAAGCGACUGAUGAAGGGACUGCCGAACCCACUAAAGUGGAACUCAAAGAUUCCGUUGAAGUAAAAUCUAUGGCGGAAGUGGAUAAGAAGAUGGAUACAGAAGAACAACAACAAAAGAUGGACACCAAAGAGAUACAAAAGGAAGAAGCUGACGAUAAGCAUAAAAGCUCUGAUGGUGUACUGAAGAAAGAGGAACUACAAGAUGUUGAUGUUGUAUUGACCCAAACAAUGAAAGACAAACAGAGCCCCAUUAAGCUGAAAGAGCCAACAGUGUUGGAGGAUGUUCAAGAAAUGACCAAAGAUGGCAAAGAUGUUACGAAGGACUGCUCGGAGGAUCCAAAACUGAAAGAAGUCAAAUCUGAAGAGAUCGGCGAGAAAUCGGUGGAGGAUUCAGUUAAGCAGCACGUUACUGACAAUGAAGCCAUGAAAGACAACAAAGGAGAGCCCACCAUACGUUCAAAUGGAGACAAACAAGAGACAGACACAGAAUCGUUUGACAGAGAAAAGAUCCAAAAGACAGUUACCAGGGAUGACGUCAAUGAGAGGGACGGGGGAGCUAAGGGGAACAUACAUGGAGAAGAAACCUUCGACACAGUGACCGCAGCUCCAAAAGAGGAGGAACAAGAACGUGAUCAGGUUGCAACAGUUGUCAUUUGCUCCAAAGAGAAGAUGGCGAAAGAAAAGGAUGAUGCUCAUGUUGCUGAACUGAGCAAGGAAAAAAAGAUGGAGCAGGAACAGGAAAAAGAAGCAACCUGUGGGACCAAAGAUCUGUGUGAGACCAAAUCUAAAGAGAUCAAAACCACGUCUGAUAUGAAGGCGGAGGAGAUCAGCGACAAAGAGAGAGUUGAGGUAGAACAUGCCAAGGAGAAGUGGGAGCAAGAGGAGUUGCAAGAGAAGGACCUGGAUGAAACCAGGAUGGAAUCUGCACAGGCAACAUUGGGAGAUACGGUCUUAGACCAAAGGCCUGCCUUCCUGGUGCAGUCUUCUGAUGAAGACCAGGAGGAGGAGGAAGAUGAGGAAGAAUAUAUAUGUAUGGGCUCUAGACCUUUAUCAGUUGAGCUGAGAAAAUCCCAACCUGACUUCAUUUCUGCCGUCCAAACAUCUACAAUGAGCGAUCGACCUGAAGAGGCCGCACCCAGACUGAGCGUAAUAGUAAUACCAACUCUAACCAUGCAGGAACCUUCAGUGGAUGAAGACAUCAAAGACUUUUCAGCAGAAGAAUGCAGUCUUUCUAAUGACGUCGCAAAACCCGCAACUGCUCCUUCAACGACCACCCACCCGGAGCCGUCUUCAACUCCUGACUCGGGAACUUCUAUUCAGAAACAAGAACCGUCCUCUGAUUCAUCAUACACUCAGACAGAACCAGAGUCCGGCUCCAGCACUGAGAGUCAAUCCAAAAUCCAAUCUCCAACAAGUCCUGGUGCUGGGAAACCUGACAAAGAGGCUGAGCGGGAAAUGGAAGGAGAACGGGAGGCGGCUUCUCCAGGAUUUUCACAGCCUUGUUCGUACUUCCUAUUGGACAAAGCCUUGGAUGACGGCAGGCCAAGUGAUGCUUUGAAAUCAGAGGAGAGCACUGAGAACGGACAACAAAACCAAACUUUGGAUGCAUCCAAAUAUGACCCAUAUGAGAAGCCCGUUCUAAAAUAUACUGCCACUCAAGAAGGGACAGGUGUGUUUGAAGGUCCGACUUUUGAGAUUAGCAUGCAUGAUAACAGGAGGAUGAGCCAAACCAGGUCAGCCGUGUUCCUACACGAGGACCAAGUCAAAGAACCAACAUCCUUGAGCAGAGCUGAUGACGACAGCACACAGAGUGACAGCCACCAAAGCGCAUCACCAGAAGAAGAAAACAGAGAGAAAGGGCAAGAAGAAGAGCGGGAACGAGAGCAAAGAGCCGACGUGGCUUCCGCUGACAAGAGUUUUUCAGCUUUCAAUAUGGAAGACAAUAAGAUUUCCCAGGAGUCUUAUAGUCCCAAAGAGGACAAACCAGAAAAAUCAGAGAAAGAGAAGGAAGAUACCCAGGAAGAAACUUCAGGAACGUUACAGACAGGAGAAAGGGAUCAGGCCUCUAGUGGUGGUGUGCUUCACUCCGCUGGACAGCAAGAAACCUGGAACCCAUCAGAUGUCAGCCCUCCGUUCACACAAAAGGACACCGCAACGAAGGAGAUGGAAAAAUCAUCCGAAGACACGAUGGCAGCAGAAAAAGAUAUUCUACCCCAAGAUCCUUCAUCCUCUGCAAGGGAAGAGCAAGAAGGUAAACUGAGAGCAGGCUUGGGCUCCUCGUCUUUAGAUGACAACAUUCUUGCCUCGGACAACAGUCAAGCCGUGACGGACUUCCCCAAAGGUAAAGAACAUUUGGUAGAUGUACGCUUACUAGUAGCAGCUGAAGAUUUCAACGUUGAUGAUGACGAUGAAGAUGAUGAUGAGGAAGAGGAGGACUCCAGUGAUGUCGACAUGGAAAAAGGUGCCAGGGAGCAGUCUGAAAAAGAACGGUGCAGACGUAGUCCUGAUAAUAAUACGACACCUUCUGAGGACUCAAACAAAACCUCUCCUGAAUUGAACUUCCAAAAAGAGGAGAUGGCCUCCAAACCUACACCUGAUCAAGCCUUUAUGAUGUCCAAGCAGGACACAAGUCAAAUAUUCCAAUCUGGUGACACAAACCUUCUCGAGAAGGAAAUGGUCUAUGGAGCAACAGCUGCUGGUAUGACCACAUCUCCCGAGACCAAGAGCGAAGCCAAAACGACAACAAGUGCUGUCAAAGAACCAAAACCUCUCGAAACAAAGGAAGACAAAACAUGUUUAUCCCCUGAGCCAGCAUCACCCAGAAUCGCCCAGGGUGUUGCUUCCUCUGAGGUCCAGCAGUCACAGAACAAGGAUGAAGACAAAGAACCUUUGUUGCCACCAUCAGAAAACAGUUGCCAGUCAUCACCCACGAGCAACCUCAGCAGCUCAACCUCAGCAUUACCAUUAGACCGACCCACGUCCGUAUCUGUGCCUGCUUCUGGUCUCUUUGCUCUGCACACCGACACCUAUGCCGAUAUCGGACCGGGUGGAUCUGAAGGAUACUCUGCUGUCACUCAAGUGGGUCCAAAAGAUCAGCAGUACGAAAGCCAUCCGGAUGUAUGUGGACCAUUAACCUUAAGUGAAGAUGACCAAGAAGACAACCGAGUGGAAAGUUCAGAUCUGACUGCUAAAAUCGAGAACCAGCUCUCCUGGUUACCUUGCGCCUUCACCACCUCUUCAGCCAGUAACACAUCAGCCUUUUCCAGUUUCACUCAGCAUUUAGAAGACGCUGCAAGCAAUUUAGCCCAACAAGUGCCAUUGCUCACGAGCAGCUCUGUAACCUCAGCUUCUGGUGGCCUUCAGAGAGACGAGUACAUGGAGGUGGUGACCAAACCUGCAAAAGAGUAUCCUCAGGCUGAGGAGACCAAAUUGUCGUCAUCUGUUGGAGCAAGUAUUGAGCUCUCCUCGUCAGAAGCUAGUUUUGAUGUCUCUUCACAAAGGGCUGACAGGGUUCCUCAAGGGCCAGUAGAUCUCGUACGUGACUUUGAAGGGCAAAACAUGUCUGGAGAGAAAAACACGUCGUCAUUACAAACUAUGGAAAGUAAUUUGAAUACAACAGAUCCGAAGACUGCCACGACUGUUGCAUCGUUACCAGAAGUGCUGAUGCAAGCUGCUCCUCACGCUGCCUCCGUCACCUCAGCGAGUCCAAGUGGUGCUAUGAACACCUCAUGUGCCGUCGCAGACCCUCCACGAGCAGAGGAGGGAAAGCAGCUGAGCGUGAAGACCCUACAUGAUGAAAAGGACAAGAUGAUGAUCCAAGAUGAAGGAGACCAAGAAACAAGAAAAAACGACACUGCGGUCGGUCAAAUGGAAUCAAAGUCCUCAGAGAAUGAGAUGUGCAAAGACAGCACAGAGAAGAUGAAAGCUGCAGAUGUCAAGUGGGAAAAAGAAGCCGACCUCCCAGAGGUUUCGGAGAAGCCUCCAGAGAGAUUGGAGGCAAGGCGAAGGAGUAGCAUAUCGGAUUGGGAGCUGCUGCAGAAGCCUGAUGAUUUCCCAAGUGCCCAUCCGUCAGGUUACAGUGACCAAGAUGAGGAAGCCUUCGAAACGAUGGCGAGCAUCCACGGUGCCUCCUCAAGAGCAACCUUGAGCAAAGCAAAAACCGAUCGUCCGUCAGACUUGAACACAGGAGUCUUCUCUGCUUCCUCUCUAACUGAUUCCUCUUAUGACUACAAACAGCGUAAAGGAGAAUUGUCUCCUUCCUUCAUCAACCCGAGUCCACACCAGUUCUCCGGUGACGAGGGUGAAGAGGACGACCGAAGCGACCAUUCCCAGGAGGGAGGCGAUGCGGUCCACGAGCAAAAAUCUGUGAAAAGGAAAUCGCAUAAGCAAAGGCGUCACCAUGGAGACGCCGGUCAUCAGUUGUCUGGUGUCACUUUAGCCGGAGAGGAAACACCUCCCACAUCGGUGAGUGAGUCGUUGCCUUCACCGUCCGAUUCUGACGUGCCGCCAGGAACCGAGGAAUGUCCAUCCAUUACGGCCGAAGGCAACCUGGACUCAGAUGAAGACGCUGAACAUUUGCCUGCGGACAAAUUGUCUGCCCCUGGUGCUGCCGGUGGCCAACGGCCCUCAUCGCCAAGGGCAGCUCAGAAGACGCAGGAUCCGCUCCCUACCUCGGUUAAGGAUCCACCUCCACAACCUCCCCAUCCACAUGCGUGCAUGGUGGAUCCAGAGACUGUCCUUCAGGACGUCAGCAGCACAGGAAAACCUCUCAAGAAAGACCCUAAGGCUACCAAGGGUCUCAGGAAAGCCAAACCCAAAUCAGCUUCUCCUGCCCGAAAGGGGGACACAAAGAAGAGGUCCACCACGCCGGUGAAGCAGGCCCACAAGGACUCGGCUUCACCCCGAUCAGCAUCCCUCAGGAGGAAGGACCUGGAGAGGAGCUCCAAGCUGGUGAAGAUGUCAGAGAACCAAGGUUCACAAAGUGACAUCCUCAAGGGCCUGGUCAAUAGAGUGAAGAGCAGUUCAGGAAACAACUCUCAGAAAGCUCCUUCGGCAGUCCCGCCCGGACUACCGGUCUACGUGGACCUGGCCUACGUGCCCAACCACUGCAGUGCCAAGAACGUGGACCAGGAAUUCUUCAAGCGGGUGCGAGCGGCGUACUACGUGGUGAGCGGUAACGACCCGAGCGGCGGGGAGCCAAGCCGCAGGGUCCUGGACGCCCUGCUGGAGGGCAAAGCUCAGUGGGGCUCCAACCUGCAGGUGACCCUGAUCCCAACACACGACACGGAGGUGACCCGCGAGUGGUACCAGCACACACAUGAGAGGCAGCAGGACCUCAACAUCAUGGUCCUGGCCUCCAGCAGCACAGUGGUCAUGCAGAACGAGUCUUUCCCCGCCUGCAAGAUCGAGUUCUAACUUGACCACAAAUGAUUUGCCUCGUCGCCAAACACAAUUCGGGACCAAAUAUAAUCGGUUAAAUAUAGCUGAUUAUCUUUUUUCCCAUUUGUUACUAAAUUUGAUGAAAUUGCCGUACUGGUCCCUUUGAGGCCCAUUUGCACAGUCAGUCAUAACAUUGUUAUCUAUUUUUUUCUUUUGAAUCUAUUCAUUUGAACGGAGAGCCGUCACUAAUCAUUUGACACUCAAGAAAUAUUAUCAUUUUAGUAGAUCUCGUUUUUCAUGUAUUCGUAAACUGCAAUAAUCGUGCAGGUGUCCCUAAUGAAGUGUCCUCGGCCGAGAUCAUCUUGCUGCUGCUUUAUAAUUAUUAAUUACAUUUUUAGAUUUUAUUUGAGAUUUUUAGAUUGUUUAUGUCCUUAUCCCAAUGCUGCUUUGGAAUAACUUAAAAUCAUUUAUUUCAUUUUAAUUUCUAUUUUAAUAGUAUAAAACAUUUAAAAAAAAUGUAUUUUAAAUAUUUUCAGUCAUGAUUACCUCUCCGCUACCUGAGAAACAUUGUCAUUUGUGAUAUUUUGUGUGGAUGUUCCUGACAAACGACGUUUUCGCACUAAAACGAAUCACAUUCGCGAAGGUUUCUCAUCAUGACAUCGUCUUGGAGACGACAACACUAAUGUAGCAAACGGAAGCUGGUUUUUCAACCAAGCAAUAGGACCAGACCAAACACAAAAUUCCAAAAAGGCCGUCAAGUCCCGUUGGAUUUGAAAAAAAAGUACUAGGAAUAUCUUUGCACCAAGCCAGAAUGCACUUUUUCACCGAGAAGGAAGUGCGAGGGGUUUAACUGUUUGUAUUGAAGAACAGAGAUGACCUCGUUGCAACAUGUAAAUAUUGAUCAUAACAGCAACUAUUUAUAAAUGAGCAUGAAUGAAUGUUGGGGGAGGCAUUUGUUGGAAUAUUUAUUUGAUUUUGCAAAUGCUGCAUGCUCGAAGCUGGUAGCUGAGAAUGUAGUCCCAGUUAUUUUUUUAUCGUGCAAAUAUUACAAAGAAUUCUGCUCGGUGUCUUCUGACCAAAACAUUGAUCGUUUUGGGCUCAGUUAACGCUAAUUCGGUUUUCCACCAACAUGACUGAUGCAUUCCCGAAAACGAGCAGUUAGCAAAUUGUCUUGCACUAAAUAACCCAAAUCAUCUAACCUGAUUUUGAAACCCUAAAUUGAAACCCAACUGUAAAAGCCUGAUUUGAAACUUUAAUUUGAAGCCUACUGUGAAACAUGAAAUCUCUUUUCAAACCCUGCGUUGAAGAAAUCUCCAAUUUCCCAAUUGUAAUGAAUGCAGCAUCAGCAUGUUGGUACUCGUGAUGCGUUUGAGCGAUCUUGGAAACGUUGAACUCGGUUUGAUUUAACGACGUCAUAGCUAGCAGAAGACAACGACUUUCUCGACAAUGCCUCAAAGUUCUGAACAAAACGUUUUCAAUCGCGUCCGGAUGUGAUUUUCUUGGCUAAGGUAUAAUCUUUACUAUGGAAUGGAAAACGUAUUUUUAUGAAUGUAGAUGCACAGACUAACGACUCAAAAGUGGAUUUAAUGGCAACCCGGUCAUUGCAAGUUUUCUGACGACGCCAAAACACAAAAGCAGUGACGGCUGCCCUCGCCGGCCGCAACCUUCUCCUGACUACGACUUGAAAAAAAGGUCCAAAUGGUCAAACACAACACGAAUGUACCGCACGCACACACAGCAACAUACACCCACACGCUUUGUACAUAUCUCGGAACGUAACCUUUCGGCUUGGACAGUGAUUCCACCCCACCUAGAGAACAUCAUGUUAUCCUCUUGCAUGUGACUCAUUUGGUUCUAAUCCUGAAUGUAAUUGUUGAACAUGGAAGCAGCGCUAACGCUAAGUCUGAACGCCAAUUUCAGAUUGUGUGCUUCUGUUUAGUUCUGUCGUUAUCAAGAUGCUGUACAACGCUAACUCUCUCUGUCUCUCUCUCUCUCUGGAAACAUAGAAACUUUCUUCCUCUUUCAACUAUCGCUGUCUCUCUCUGGUCAAGUAGAAGUGCCGCGCACGCAUUCAUUGUAAAAGGGAAACAGCCCGGUAAUCAUUGAUUAAAGUACAUUCAACUCGA